AUGCAUUUCAACUCCUUCGCCGUCUGCCUCGGUCUGGCUGGUCUGGCCCAGGCACACAUGGAGAUGAUCUCCCCCGCCCCUUUCAAGUCCAAAGAGAACCCUCACGCCGGCAGCGAUGUCGACUACAGCAUGACCGCUCCCCUUGAGGCCAGUGGUGGCAACUUCCCUUGCAAGGGCUACCACUCUCUCUUCGGCACUGAGGCCGGUGCCUCUGUCGCUGACUGGGAGGCCGGAAGCCAACAGACCAUGAAGAUCACCGGUGGUGCUAACCACGGCGGUGGUUCUUGCCAGGCCUCUCUCUCCUUCGAUAAGGGUGAGUCUUGGCAAGUUAUCCACUCCUUCAUCGGCAACUGCCCUGCUGCUGGUACAUCCUCUUUCGAUUUCAAGGUUCCCUCCGAUGCUCCUUCUGGCGAGGCUAUCUUCGCCUGGAGCUGGUUCAACCAGAUUGGUAACCGUGAGAUGUACAUGAACUGUGCUGCCGUCACCAUCAAGGGUGGCUCCAAGCGUGCUUCUGCCAUGAGCAACCGUCCCGCCAUGUUCGUCGCCAACGUUGGCAACGGCUGCACCACUGAGGAGUCCUCUGACCUUGAGUUCCCCGACCCCGGUCCCGAUGUGAGCAACGACUCUCAGAAGACUGCUGGUCCCGUGGGAUCUUGCGCCAAGGCUGGCUCCGGCGGCGGUUCCGGUUCUGGUUCCGGUUCUGGCUCCGGCGAUGGUGCCGCUCCCAGUGCACCCGCUGACAACGGAAACAACGGAGGCGACAGCGGCGCUGCUCCCAGCACCCCUGCCGGUGGUAACGAUGGCUCCUACAACCCUGGUAACGAUGGUGCUGGUGCUGCCCCCAGCGCCCCUGCUCCUACCAAGCCUGCUGAAGGCGCCCCUGAUGCUCCCGGAGGUGUCUUCAUCACUGUCUCCCAACCCGCCGAGGCUACCGCCGCUCCCUCUGCUCCCUCGGCCCCUGCCAAUGACGGCGCCGGCUCCAGCACUCUUCUGACCAUGACCAAGCCUGCUCCUGCUGCUCCCACCAGCGUUGUUACCCCCGAGCCCGCUCCUGCUGCUCCUACUGCCCCCGCUACUCCUGCGACCCCUGAUGCUGGUGCUGGUGAGGGUGGUUCUGGUACCGAAGAGACUGCAGGUUCUGCGUGCACUGAGGAGGGUCAAUGGAACUGCAUCGGCGGUUCCAAGUACCAGCGCUGCGCUUCCGGUACAUGGUCUGUUGUUCAGUCCAUGGCAGCUGGCACUACCUGUUCUGGCAACAAGAGCCAAGCCAUGGCCUUUGGAUUCGGCCGCAAGCUCGCCUUUCGAUUUCGUCGGGCCUAA